GGGGGGGGGGGGCUACCACAGCGGCGGCCCCAUGUUCUCCCCCAGCCAGGAGGAGCUGUGCGCGCUGAACAAGGAGCCCGUCAAGUACGGGGAGCUGGUGGUGCUGGGGUAUAAUGGAUCCCUCCCUAAUGGUGACAGGGGGCGCAGGAAAAGCAGAUUUGCCCUUUAUAAGCGACCCAAGGCAAAUGGAGUUAAACCCAGCACUGUUCAUGUCAUCUCUACUCCUCAAGCAUCAAAGGAGCACCAGAGACCUCCCCAGGGUUUGAGAUCCCUUCCUUCGUUGUCAAACAGACACAGAGGAAAAAGUUUUGAGACCACAGCUCAGUGUCCUGGCAGGUCACAGAGUGCAAUCAGCGCAAAAGGUCACCACAGUAUCUCUUUCACAUUAUCCAGAAGCCAGACAGUUAUAGUGGAAUAUAUUCAUGAUAAAGAUACAGACAUGUUUCAGGUUGGGAGGUCUACAGAAAGCCCCAUAGACUUUGUAGUAACAGAUACAAUUUCAGGAAAUCAAAAUAAUGAUGAAGCUCAGAUUACCCAGAGCACCAUCUCCCGAUUUGCCUGCAGGAUUGUUUGUGACAGGAGCCCACCAUACACAGCAAGGAUCUUUGCAGCUGGCUUUGACUCGUCUAAAAAUAUAUUUCUUGGUGAAAAAGCAGCCAAAUGGAAAAACCCCGAUGGCCACAUGGAUGGAUUGACAACCAACGGGGUGCUGGUGAUGCAUCCCAAAGGAGGCUUCACAGAGGAGUCCAAGCCCGGGGUGUGGCGGGAGAUCUCCGUCUGCGGGGACGUCUACACGCUCCGGGAGACCCGCUCUGCUCAGCAGAGAGGAAAACUGGUAGAGAACGAGACCAACAUCCUGCAGGACGGCUCCCUGAUCGACCUGUGCGGGGCCACGCUGCUGUGGCGGACGGCGGACGGGCUGCUGCACACGCCGACGCAGAAGCACAUCGAGGCGCUGCGGCAGGAGAUCAACGCGGCGCGGCCCCAGUGCCCCGUGGGGCUCAACACCUUGGCCUUCCCCAGCAUCAACCGCAAGGACGUGGUGGAGGAGAAGCAGCCCUGGGCCUACCUCAGCUGCGGCCACGUGCACGGCUACCACAGCUGGGGCCACCGCAGCGACACGGAGGCCAACGAGCGCGAGUGCCCCAUGUGCAGAACCGUGGGCCCCUACGUGCCGCUGUGGCUGGGCUGCGAGGCCGGCUUCUACGUGGACGCCGGGCCCCCCACGCACGCCUUCACGCCCUGCGGACACGUGUGCUCCGAGAAAUCCGCCAAGUACUGGUCGCAGAUCCCGCUGCCCCACGGGACUCACGCCUUCCACGCCGCCUGCCCCUUCUGCGCCACGCAGCUCGCCGGGGAGAACAACUGCGUCAAGCUCAUCUUCCAGGGCCCCGUCGACUGAGACGCGGCUCGGCGGUGACCACAAUAAAAGUUGUUUCUUUAACGGUUUACUGUGAAGAUUUUUGCCACUAACUCUAGGUUUUACCUUUUUUUAUGAUGUUGUUAAUAGGGGGUGGUAGGGUGGGGAUGGGGGAGGCGGUGAGGAAACGCGGCGGAGUUGGGAUACAUUGAUACCUGGAACUUGACAGAUAUCAGUGGUGUUGCAUGCUCGAAAGCAGCAUAUUCAUGGAGUCUUCUUGGUCAAAUUGUAGUAUAUUUGUAAUCUUUUUAUUAGUACCCUGGAUCAGAAAAAGGUGUCUUAAAUGAUUUUUUUAAGCUAAGAUUUUUUAAUGGAAAGGUUUUUUUCUUCUAAACUUUGACAAGCCUUUAAAACCUAUUUUUCAAAUCUAGAAGGAACGUGCAGAAUGUAACUGUCUUUAAUUUGCAAUAUAAUUUAACUUGAAUAGUUUCUCAAGGAGCAAAUGCAGAAUGUGUGGACAACCAUAGGUGAAUGUUCACUAGAGAUAAUUGGAUAUGUAAGAGAAAAAUUAGCUGCCUAAAGUGUAGAGGAUAAAAGCUAUUAAAAUAUCUAUUAUGGUAUAACACAGCUGGCCAAAAAGGCAUCAAAGAUUACUUGAAACUGAGGAAAUCCUGUUUGCAUUGAUUUCCUUUCAGUGUAGUAGAUAUCCACUGGCUAUUAGGUAUGGGAAAUGGCUGAUUAUUUUCUGUCUUUUUUUUUUUUCCAUUUAACCUGCAUCUGGUGAAACCACUUUACUCUUUUCCAUACUUAGCCCUGGGGUUUAAGCUGAUGUUCUGUGUAUGUGUAGUCUGGCCUUUUUAUUUCUGCUUUGCUUGCCCAGCACCUUUGGGUGAGUGGAGGCCAGAGAGUCCCAGAAUGGUUUGGGUUGGAAGGGACCUUAAAACUCAUCUCAUUCCACCCCUGCCAUGGGCAGGGACACC